GAGCGAUCAGAUUACCAAAUGGUUUAGAAGCUUUGCUAAUUUCCGAGGAAUAUUUACCAACAUCCUUUUCUCAAGAAAAGAAGGCAUCAUGUAGCUUAUUCAUAGACACAGGAAAUUUCAGCGAUACGGCAGAAUUUCCGGGCGUAUCAUAUUCCUUAGCAUAUAUGUUUUCUCAAGAAUCCGAGAAAUAUUUAGAGCAAUCAGAUACUACUAUGGAAGAUUUUUUUGAAGACCAUAAUGGUACUCUUUAUAUCAAUGUGAGCAAUGAAUAUACAAUAUUUUACUUUGAUAUCGAACAAGAGAACUUUUGUGUAGCUCUCCAUAAUUUUGGCACCUUUUUUGAAAAUCCUAUAAUAUCGGAACAUGUAUUUAUAGAGAAACAAGAUGUUAUAAAAAACGAGUUUCAGAGAUUAUUUGGCAAAUCGAGAUACGAACAACUAUUUUCCUCCUUCGCACAAACUGGUCAUCCAGCCAACAAGUUUUCUGUAGACCAUUUAAUAAAAUUACGCAAUAAUAUAGAUUACAACAAAUUGUACAAUGUGCUGGACAAGUUUAAAAGUCGUCACUAUAGCGCUCACAGAAUGAAGCUAGCAAUACGGUCGAGAUUUCAAUUGAAUAUAAUGGAACAAUUUGUCAAAGCAUGCUUUGCUGAUGUACCAAACAACAGAAUGCCUCCAGAUAAUUUUUCCAAAUUUAAAAAGAAUCUUCCUUUUGAUAUUUCCGCUUUCCGAAAAAUGUAUAAAGUUAAUGAUAAUACGGAACAUUUGACACGAGUAAGUGACUAA